AUGUCAGUGAUGCAGAAGCGACAGCACUGCUAUUUGUGCGAUUUGCCCCGUAUGCCUUGGGCGAUGCUGCACGAGUUUUCAGAACCAGUAUGUCGUGGAUGUGUAAAUUAUGAAGGUGCUGAUAGAAUAGAAGUGGUUCUUGACACAGCGCGCACGCUUAAGCGUGCACAUGGUUUUCAAGAAGGUCGGGGCCCAACACAUGCUAAGGGAGGACAUCGAGCACCUUUAGAAGCCCAUCAAAAUGGCGGUGAAUCAGCCGGUAGAGGUCAACCAGCUCCUCCAGCACAUCAUGCUCCAACAGCUGGAUUUGCGUUACACCAUUCUCGCCCAACAGCUAAUGCGGGAUUAUUGGCAGAGUAUGGUGGCCGAAGGGAGGAACACGAAGGAAGGCGCCUUGCUCAUUUACCUUUAGCACAUUUGCCAGCGCACGGUGGAGCUCGUCUUGCUCCAGGUCUUACACUUAAGCGACCUUUAGAUGAUGAUGAUCAUCAAAACCAUCACGAGCCGGCAAAACGACUUUUAGAAGAGCAUGCACGACCGCCGCUAACUCGCGGUGAAUCUUUGCCAGCUGUGUCACUUGCAGCCCCAUUUGCACCCGAUCGUGUAUUCAAACAAGAAAAACACCCUUUACGUACUCCUUCAUUUGACACGGCUUUUAAAACAAAUGGUUAUGGAAACACAGCUCCUCUCACGAAUGGGUCUGCCGGAUCCCCACUCGGCCGUACCGCAGGUUCUCCUCCAGUUACUGGUGCAGGCGCUGGUCCCUCCCCGAUGGCCGCACUCAUGUCUGUAACUGAUACUUUACCUCCUGGAUCUCCACGAUCCACUGGCGGAUCUCCACCACAACCGCCUCCACAACGAUCUGCUAGCCGGUCAAGUCAACAUUCACCUAAUUCUUCAGGGUCGAACGGCGGGCGGCGGUCGUCGGGCUCGCGACAUGUGUCCUCAACGACAUCAGUGUCCUCGACUGAAGCCGGCGAGGGUACCGAUGCGACCGCUCCAGCGCCAGCACCAUUACUGAAAUGCACACUGUGCCAAGAACGCCUGGAAGACACGCAUUUCGUGCAGUGCCCGAGUCAACAGCACCACAAAUUCUGCUUCCCGUGCUCUCGGGAUUCUAUCAAGCGACAGCAAGGAUCUGAGGUUUACUGUCCAAGUGGUGAAAAGUGCCCCUUGGCUAAUUCGACGGUUCCGUGGGCUUUCAUGCAGGGUGAAAUCGCAACAAUCUUAGGAGAGGAAUUCAAGCCUAAGAAGGAAAGGGAAACCUAG